ACGGUUUCCCUGCAACGACACCAAGAAGUCCGCUGAGACGUAGUAGUUGAAGUAGUAUUGAGAGCUAUACCAAUGCAGCUGCUAGAGUCUGCAGAGGUGCCCGAUCGCUCUACAUUUCAGCUUGCGGACACGCCUGAUGAGGUUACACCUGCUCAGUAUCAAGAUGACAAUACUGCUACUACUGCCUCGCCAAGCAGGCCAGCGGAGGAGCUACUCUAUGCCGAGGGACAAGUGAACUUGACUUGUCGUCCUCAAAUAGAUGCACUGAAUGAUGUUUCAUGUCUUGUUCACGUCACUGGUGCAGCCAUGCAUCUAUAUUUCGAGAGUCAACAGGAUCAGAAACCAGCUACAGGAACUGCAUGCAAGCAACUGACCAUUGACUUUGCAGAAAUCAUCUUGCAUGCAACGACGACGACGCAGCAAACAGCUGCAGGAGCUGUUCCGUCUCUAUACAUGCACAUUGAACCGUCAAAAGAAGGCAUCAAGCUUCAAGAGCUUGUCAAAAGCUUACGACCAUCAGAGGCUGCAGAGAACGGCGACUCGCUAUCUUUGGAAGCCAGUUCAAUCCUGGAAAUAACGUUGACACCAGGACCGGAGGAUGGCUAUCUAGUAGCGAAACUCUAUUCUGCCCUUUCGCAUAUGGCGAAUAUCCUGCCUGCGCCGUCGAGCAGUCCGGGUGGCGACACAGCGGGCAACGACUACAGCUCCUUGUUUCAACGUGGCGGAGAUGCAGCAGAUGACGUGCCAUCAGGUCAGUGGAUCACUGCCGAUAAUGCACAUCAAUUCAUGGACGCUGAGGAAUAGUUUUUUGAAUGGAUAGAUUGGUUACAUAUAUACAAAAGCGUGUCUACCCUCCCUUUCACGCGUGUCCAGGCGCAUCUGUUGCAUCCUCACCUAGUUGUGUUGCAAAGCUAAAGUCCAUAGGUGACAAGACUGGUGUGUCUUGCAAUGCCGGUGAUGUCUUGAUAGCCGGAGGCGUUGCGUGAUGGUCACCAAAUGGAUCUUGUUGUUGAGCAGGCGAGGCCUUGGGAGUAGUAGAGUGUUGCGACGAGGCAAGGGUCUUCUUCAAGUGUUCCUUGCGUGCCGCCCAGUUGUCUGUUGCAGC